AUGAGAAGGCUAAUCGUUUUCCUAGUACUGAUCGGAGUUGGCCGCUCGAUGGCAAAGCUGAACCGCGUGCAACUCCAGACGCAGAGCAACUUUACCAAGACCCAUGGAAACGUGAAGGCCGAGAAGACGCUGCUGGCUGCGAAGUACCUGGUGGAGGCCACCACAAGCUCGGAGUCCACGGAAACACUGCAGAACACUCUGAACAUGGAGUACUACGGACUAAUCGGUAUAGGAACCCCGGAGCAAAUCUUCCGAGUUCUCUUCGACACGGGAUCCGCCAACCUGUGGGUGCCGAGCGCCAAGUGCCCGAGCACCAACGUGGCCUGCCAAAAGCACAACCAGUAUCACUCGGGGCAGUCCAGCACUUAUGUGGCCAAUGGUGAGAGCUUCAGCAUCCAAUACGGAACCGGCAGCCUAACGGGCUUCCUCUCCGAGGACACGGUGUGGGUGGCAGGGAUAGAGAUCCAGCAGCAGACGUUCGCUGAGGCGCUCAAUGAGCCGGGAUCAACCUUCGUGAGUGCGCCCUUUGCCGGCAUUAUGGGGCUGGCAUUCAAGUCGAUUGCCGUGGACGGCGUGACCCCGCCAUUCGACAACAUGAUCGCACAGGGUCUGCUGGACGAGCCUGUCAUCUCCUUCUAUCUGCAGCGCCAGGGCACCGCUGUGCAGGGGGGAGAGCUGAUCUUGGGGGGAGUCGACCCCAGCCUCUACACAGGGAAUCUGACCUACGUCCCAGUCUCAGUGGCCGGCUACUGGCAGUUCAAGGUGAACUCCGUGAAGUCAGGUGGCAUUCUUCUCUGCAGCGGCUGCCAGGCCAUAGCCGACACUGGCACAUCGCUGAUCGUGGUUCCCGAGGCGGCCUAUGCGAAGAUCAACAGCCUGUUGGGAGCCACAGACAACGGCGAGGGGGAGGCUUUCGUGAAGUGCGCUGAUGUAUCCUCCCUGCCCAAGGUUAACCUGAAUAUUGGCGGCACUAUCUUCACCCUGGCCCCAAAGGACUACGUCGUCAAGUUAACGGAGGCCGGUCAAACCCGCUGCAUGUCCAGCUUCACCUCCAUGUCCGGAAACACACUGUGGAUUCUCGGCGACGUUUUCAUCGGCAAGUUUUACACGGUCUUCGAUAAGGGUAAUAACACGAUUGGGUUUGCUAGAGUGGCUUCGUAUUGA